CCCAGAGUGACGCGUGGCGCUCAGGCGAGCUGACAGGUGUGCGUUGUCCCAUCCUCCAUUUUACUGACUAUAAUUUUGUAGUUGGCAAAAUCAAAAUGGUGGCUUAAGUUAUUAAAACUGAGCAGCUUUAAUCAUUGGCUGCUGAAAUUCAAGGUUGGAAGAGCAGCGAGGAUUAACGUCCUUUAAAGCUCAAAGCUCAUAUCCUGCUGUCUCAGCUGAUCCGACUCAUUUCAUCUCUCUGUCCCGUCCUCUGCUGGCUUUUGCUCUUUCCUCUUCCCAGCCAGCUGUCCAUCCCUCGUCCUUCAUCGUAGUCUUUUGAUUCUUCUCUUUCACCCCUAUUUUUCCCAUCAUCUCUUUCUUCUCUGGAUCUGGGCGAGAUAUGAAGCGGCACCAUGGGUUUCAUGGAAUUUUACCUGGAGAUUGACCCCGUCACCCUGAACCUCAUCAUCUUGGUUGCUAGCUAUGUCAUCCUGCUCCUGGUCUUCCUCAUCUCCUGCAUCCUGUAUGACUGCCGGGGCAAAGACCCCACCAAGGAGUACGCCCCUGACAACACGCCGGCGCCCCCCAGCCAGUCACCCAUACGACUGGUGGUCAUGCAGAACUCGCCCACCUCGUCCCGCUAUGAGCCCAACAACACGGCCGGCCACGGCGAGCUGCUGACACCAGACCUGAGCCGGGACAGAGGAGAGAGGGAGCGGGAAAGAGAACGGGAGAGGGAGAAGAGGAGUACUCUGGUCUGAGGAAGAGAAGGAGGAAGCUGAAGUGCUGUCGUAUCACUUUGUACUGGACUCUUGUUUUUACUGUUUAACAUCCCUGGAUGGCGUUGAUGAGCUGCUGCACAGGUCAGCAGAGGGUCUGAGCCACACCUGCCCCUUCAACUGCUGCCAUCGGCCUCCAUCCACCAGCAGCACAAAACCUGCCGCCUACUGACCCAAACCUUCGAGAAGUUCGUGAACCCAACGACAUCCAACUGAUCUGACUUCAACUAGUUCAGUUUGUCCUCUGGGACAUUUGGACUUUCACUCUGCCUCACCUGCUUCACACCUGCAGGGACACUAACAGACGUUAUACUAUACGAGCUUUGGACCGUCACCAUGUUUAGCUCUAAGACUUGAGCUGAUGGUUGACUGGAACUGAGAUGUUUGUCAAAACGAGGAUCUUACAACUAAUUUGAAAAACCAUAAAACAGUGAUACCUGAUAAAGCUCUGAGGUUAAAGGAAGCUCCGUUUGACAUCAGUACUCCGUACAUUACCUGCAGCAGCAGCAGGUUGUAUGUUUAAAGGUGUUUUCAUGAAUUCAACUCAACACUCAUAGAUGUAGAUUCAACAAGUUAGCUAACGGGAUCCAGGUAUAUAAAUAUCAGAGGACGACAGCGGUAGUGUUUCCAUCAACCUGUUUCUGUGUCCGACUUAUUCUGUCCAACAUUAACAAUAACUCUGAAGGACAGAGCCGGUCUUCAUGCUGAUGGUCUUGUUUGUUUCGUCGGUCAUAUCGAGGCAUCAACAGAGAUCUCACACCCAUUUGGACACACUUAGCAAACCCAUCAUCAUGAUUUCUAUGGUUCUAUAGAAAAUGGUCAAACUUUGUACAUUAACAGAAAUCCUCUGUGGUUUAUUUCAGCCAGAGGGAGAAUGGAGCUGAGCAGAACCUCAGUACCUCUGAGGUCCACUUCACUUUCGUUUGAUCGACUGCAAAGUAUUUUUUUUCAGCUCAGUUUAAUUGUCACAUGUUGUAUAUUCAUAUUGUUUAAUGUGUAAAAUGGCCUCGCACUCAGCAGAUUGAUGUUUUUAAUGUUUUUAUUGAACAUGUGUACUGUGCACAAAAAUGGCAAACUGGCUUAAUCUCUCUCCUCGACCAAAAAGACUCUCGCCACCCACGUCAAGCCGUCCUCUCUGCUCAUUGGCUCUGACAGAUGAUCGACCUCGAGUCUUUAGAGGACUCGAGCCACUGAGGCCCUCACAAAUCCUCUUACAUAAAAAAAAAACAGCACACAGCCAGCUGAGCAUCCCACCAAUGGCUGCAUCCCAUCCAUGAUAUGAAACCCCCCUCCAUAUUCCAUGUUUAUGGAUUAUAUGGUGACCGCUGCAGUAUUAGGAGCAUGUAUUAUGUAUUUUGUUUUUGGCUUACAUAAGCUUCAGGUUGUCACCAGGCUGAGAUGUUCAGGCCUGACCUGACGGCUCAUCUGAUGCCUACAUGAAGCUCAGCCGACCAAAAACUGGACAAGCAACCCAGCCUGUGACGUCAGAGAUAAUCCAGACUGUCGUCACAGACUGCAUCACUUAUCGUCUCCAGACAUUUGAACCAGUUUGAAAGAAGAAACAUCGACGUCUUCUGAAGUCGACAGCGCUCAGCUUACAACACGUCAUGGUGAUAUACUGAGAUCCAACCCUCGAGACCUGAGUUUGUUUUGUGACCUUUAAAAUUCAUUAAAAUCGACUCAGUGAUGUAAUGUGUGACCAAAACAAUCACAGUCUCAUAUUUCUGUUGAUUACAUGUAAUCUGAGACGUGUACAAAAAACACUAAUGCUUCCUGAGCAGGUCGACAUAAACGUGCAAUAAAAAAUAAAUUCAUCCGAACA